AUGGGCAAACGAAGCGGAUCAGGAGACGCCAACAAGCGCAACAAAAAGGCGCGGUACUUGCCCGGAGCCAUCAAGAAUGUGGAACCCCGCUACCAGGGAGUGUACGUAAGUUACACCCGAGGCAAGGAAAACAUGGCCAAGAACGAGGUGCGACUGAUGAUGAACGAGUGGUGCGACAAGCUGUAUGGAACGACUGUGGUGGAAAACGACGAGGAAGGCGACGACAUUGAAGACGUGGACGACAUUGAUAAGGCCAUGGCUGCCGAGGUGGCUGCCAUGAAGGAUACCAAGAAGGAUCUCAUCACUCCAUUGCCUCUGGGAUGUGAAUGCAUGUUAUUUGUGCGAACCAGAAAGCCCGUGGUGCCCGUGGACUUUGUCAAGGCCAUCUGCCAAGGAGUCAAGGACACUGGAAAGAAGUCCACUCGGUUUGUUCAGCGUAUGACUCCCGUCACUCUGACUUGCAGUGCUAGCAAGCCCGAGCUGGAGAAGCUGUGUGAUAUUGUUCUGGGUCCCCACUUUCACCUGAAGGAGGGUCAGAAACCGCUCAAGUACGCCAUUCGACCGACGAUGCGAAAUUUCGACGGCAUGAACCGAGACGAGGUUAUCCAGUCAGUCGCUUCUCGAGUGGGCCAGGACCACGGCCAUUCUGUCGACCUCAAGAACUACGACAAGCUCAUUCUCGUCGACUGCUUCAAGGCCUCCAUUGGAAUGUCUGUUGUUGGCAACGUUGAGGAGUACGAGGGACUUGCCAGAUUCAAUAUUGAACAGCUGUGGGAGCGACACAAUGAGGCCGAAACAGGCACCAGUCGAGUCAACAAGACCGACCAGACGGUGAAGGACAUAGAAGAUGAGGCCGAGAAGGCCGUGUUGAAGGAGGAGAUUCAAAAAGAGGCUGAUGAGACCGAAGCAAAGGCUGAGAAGGCUCUCAAGGAGCUGGACGAGCUGAAAAAGGGAAACAAGGAUUUGGAGGAGGACAAAAAUAAGACGAGCAUCCAGGUCGAUGAGCUGGAAAAGGACGCUGAGAAAAAAGUGCUCGAAGGUGAAGUUGAUGAGGUGAUUGACGAGGCCAAAAAGGUGAGAGAAGAUGUCCGGGACUUGAGAAAGGAAGUGUCUGAGUAG